UUAUCGCAUCUGACAGUUUUGCUCUCGAGAGAUAUCCAAUUGUGGUGGUAAGGAUAAGUGCGGAAGACGUAUAGCUGUCGCAGAGAAUAUUCAGUUGGUUUCUGACCGCUAUGGUAUUCGCUUGGGUGGUGUUUAAUUUAAGUGACUAGUGAAAUGGUGGCUCUUCCUACGUUACUAAUGACCGCGGUGGAAUUUUCAAACUUUUUCUCGAUCUUUGCGGUCCUCCUGGUGUUUUGUGCCAUGAUUAUGUUCAUCACGAAGAACAUGAUGAUCCUUAGGGUCCACGGGGAUGACCUGGUAUUCUCAACGUCCAUCCACAACGUGGCGCCCAGAAUACCACAGAUGAACAUGAUGAAGGUCCACAUACCGUUUACUUUCAAGCUUCUGGAAACCUCCAAGUCGUCAUACAAUGAACUGCAAUGCAGGCUCUCCAGCCAGGUGAACUACUCGGUACGUGUGUACUGGGGCGUCAACAUCAGGGAGCUGCACAUCUUCUUGUGGCGGCCGUGGGCGGAUCUCAGGGACGCCUGUACGAAGGGUGACUUCUUGCAAGGUUACUACCAGUACCCAGGAUUGAGAGUGAACAAAAGCCCCCAUUCUGACCAAACGGUCAUCUUGAAGUUGCCGGCCCCUUCUCUUGACCUAGGGACACCACCUAGGCUGUGUUAUCCGCUAGUUAUAGUACUCUUGAGGAAUGACGUCGUUGACAAUGUGCAUCCUGACGAAACCGUGGCCUUGAUCAACGUAGUUCAUAUAAAGGACCAGGUUUGCACUUUACCGACCAGCAUUCUAGCACAGUAUUUGAAGCAGGCUAAUGGACAAUUGUCAUGCCUAAAACAACUCUAUCUGGCCACAGGGAAUCCAGGAGGUUUCGAAGAGAACCAGAUACCCCUCGCUGUAGCCGAACCAGUCGAGGGCGGUCCAGGACCUUUGGGAAGAACUCUGGUUUGUCCGACUUCCGAGGAUUCUGCGUUCUGGAACAGUUCGGGCGACCAAUUGUGCGUCGUCUGUCAAUAUUUCCCCCUUUCCAGAGCCCUGUUACCAUGCAGGCAUACUUGCAUCUGCGCUAGCUGCUUCGAAAAACUUGACCGCUGCCCGAUGUGCCGAGGCCCCAUAAAGAGCUACUUCUGUAUCAGAGGUGAGGAAUACAUGCCGAUCCAAUCGAAGAACACCAGUGGCGCCCCGCACGGCAGUCUGUAUAACUGGUUAGACAGUUGGAAUGACAGAUUGACGGAUUUUCUCGGUUUUCAGAGAUAAUAAGCAACCUAACUUACAGUAACUUAUUUAUUGACCAUUUUCUCCCUUAAAAGUCGAACGAAAAAAUGAAAUAUGAGAGAACUCGUGAUGAUUCAUUCCCAUGAGAAGAGUUAACGUUUCUGAUACAUUACGGGAUUUUUUCGUUGAUCCAAUGUGAUUUUUAUUGAUUAGAUCUAGAGAUUACCAUGAGUGACACCUCUUGCUGAGUCGGCGUGACUUUACAUGAGUCGACUUAACCUCAAAAUUCGAUUUAAUAUAUUAUUCUGUUGAAAUGAAUGUUUGUGACGUUAUUUGGUAGGGAUUUGAUUUAAUUUGAAAACUUAUUGUUGACGUAUAAUAUCAAGAGGACUCAUUUCCAAAUGUUUUUGAAGCAGUAUUGACGGUUUUCAGUAUAAAGGCGCCAUCUCGAUUCUACGAAUGGAACUUUACGGAGAACUAACUCAAAAUAUUUCAAGUACGAUAGCAUAUCAUUUACAAAUACUCCCCCAUAACACAAAAUUUUAGAAUUUUCCUUAAUUGAACACCUGAAAACCAGGGAAAAUUUCAAAUUCGCUCAUACACAGCUUAUCGAUUAAUUUGUAGUUUCGAUAGUUCCUACUGAUACCCUCAAAAUGUGACUGAAGAACAAUUACAAACUAUACAAGGAAAUAUUAAGUUUUUCUUGAAACUGAAAAAUUUUUCCUUUCAGUACCUUUCUCCAGAUAAUUUUUGUACAAACAUCGUACCUUUAUUGAAGAAGUGAAGAACUGAUCUCAUCGCAAAAUAUCAUUUUCAUUUUUCCGUUGAUCUGAAAUUCUUUUAAGAUAUUCAUAUGUAUAUUCUGCAGUUUACAUCUUCUACUCAUCAUUUAAAACUUCAUUCAUUGCUUAUCAUUUUCAAAUAAGAUAAAGUAGAAAAGAAGAAUUAUUAGAUAUUGUCGAUUUUUCGCAUCACUCUACUUGUUAUCAUUAACGAACAUCACGGAUGAUAUUUAAACCAAGGCGUAUUAUUCGAUGUUAAUAUCUAUUUCGGAAGCAUCCCUUAAAAUAUAUGAAUAUGUAUGUUGCAAUAAUAGAAAUAGGUAGUUUGAAUCGUAAGUGUAAAGUUAUAUUUUACAGUAUAUUUGUAGAAGAAGAUAAAUGAAGUAAGCCUGUGAUAAUAUUAUAUUAAAUAAUAAAAAUUUAUACAACA